UCUUGUCUGUAUAAAGAGGGGGUGAAGCUACAUUGUCUCGACUGGACAUUCACACUCAUCAGGUCAUCUGUCUAUCUAUCCAUCCCUCUGGAGAGAGAGAGAAGAGAGAGUGAAUAUCGCCAUCUGAAACUUUGGAAAAGUUUGAGAACUGACUUGAGCUGCACAUCCUCAAUAACGGCAUCAUAUACGAGCUCAGAGGAAAAAUUACUGAGACCGAGAGACACAUAACAGGAUUUGCACGUUACCUGCAUAUUCACAGACUUUGCUUUCGGAGAUACCGGAGACAUCUGAGGACACUCGGGUCUGCGCAGCGGACCAAACCUCACGCAGCAUCACCAUGAGAUUCUUCCAUCCACUCUAUCUCCUUCUGCUGCUGCUCACAGUACUGUUCAUUGCCAGCGCCAGAAAACAAGGUAGGCUACAUAACCUCAAGACCUUGUUUCGAAGAUUUUCUCAACCUGAGGCGGAAAUAUCGCAGACACAACUGUCCAAAGAAACGGUGUCUGCCUCUACACUCCAGAGUGCCAUUCCCUUGAGGUUUCACAACUACUCAACUAUCCACAACUAUGGUGUCUUGUCAAGCCUUAAGAAAACCAAAGACCAGUGAUGGACGGGAAAUGAGAGAGGAGUUUCAUAUCAGAAUCCCUGAGGACUGUUCAUUUGCCCGUAUACUGUAACCAAGCCAUGCUAGUCACUUCUGUAAAGGAAGUGUAUUUUUUUAUGAAUGUUAAGUGAACAAGCCAUGGGGACAUCAACUGCAACCAAACAUGCUGAAAACUCAUCGCUCAAUCAGUUUGAGUUUGCCAGAACCAUUGUAAAUAGUAAGAACUGAAUGAUAUGUGUUUAUAUGUAAGUUAUGCACUUCAAAUGUUUUAUUAUUAUCCUGAUUAAAUAAAAAGUGUAUUGUCUUUUCACCUGGGCUUUAUGUAGCAAUAUCCUUGGGGGGCAAAGUGAAUGAAAAGUGUUAUACUAGGAUCAAUAGACUGCCCGGUUUGACAAUUUGUUUUGACAAAUUGGGAUUGUUCUUGUUUUGACUGACAGAAUCUGAAAAAAAAAAACAGUGUUCAGAAAGGUCAACAUUCCUGAUCCCAGAUGGUGUAUUUUCCUAUUCUGUUGACUACUACUCUUAAAAAGAUUUAUGUAUUUAGUAAAAAUGUUAAAAACUUAUCCCAAAAAUUUAACGAAAAAAGAGGACCUCUGUUAACAUAAACGUCUUAAAAUAUAAUUUUUCCUUUUAUUAACUGUAAAAUGUCAUG